UUUCCGGGAGGCUUGACAUCACCGGGCUGUUGACAACGAGGACCUAAGGAUGACCCAAACUGUUGUUCUUCGAUGCAAGUGAAGCUACUAAAUCAUUGAGGGAGUGGUGUUUUGGCAGUCAUGUGACUUUUUGUCUGGACACAAUUGCCGGUGUUUGCCAUUGGCCAAUUUUCUUUGAAAGAGCGUUGGUUUCCUGGGUGACGGGGAAUGGCGGCACCACUUCACUUUUCUCUGCAGCUGCCCGCCUCUCCCCCCCUCCCCUCUGCAUUGCUCUCUAUCGCUCUGUCUCUUCCACGGGCAGUGCUAGAUCAGGCAGGCAGUCCCAGAGACCAUUAGACUGCAGGAGGCACACCGGCCGCACAACCGGCUCUGCUACUCUGACAAAAGUGAAGGAUUUCCCCCCUGAGUGUAGAGAGGAGACGGAGAGAAUUAAAACCACUGAAGAAAAGGAUAAAUCCUCUCUCUGGAGCCAGUGCCAUGCAGUGUUGAGUUGACUGAAGCAAAGCUGAAGUGAUCUGACUUGAAGACCAUCUUACCCUUCAUUCCAUCCUACGUGGUCCAGAUGGAGCUCAAAGUGUGGGUGGACGGAGUGGUGCGGGUGGUGUGCGGCCUGUCUGAGGAGACGUCCUGCCAGGAUGUAGUCAUUGCUCUGGCUCAGGCCAUUGGUCAGACAGGUCGGUAUGUCCUGAUCCAGCGUCUCAGAGACACAGAGAGGCAACUGCUGGCCACAGAAAAGCCUCUGGAGUCUCUCGCCAAGCUGGGCCAACAUGGCAGUGAGGUUCAGUUCUUCCUGCGUCGUACUGGCCCAAGCAGCAGCGACAGUCCCAGCUCCAAACCAGACAGAGCAACUCCCCUCCCUUUGCCCAAGCACCCUGAGCCAGAGCUUUCAAAACGCAGUCAGCCGAAGAAAGCACUCACCUUUAACCUGGGGCCAUCCACCUCUCCUAGAACCAAAGCCAAACAGUUUAAGAGAUCUCCUCUGGACUCUCCAGAACAAAGAGCCUCCCCUUCUCCUUCUCCAAGUCCUGUUUCUUCUCAUGUGCCAUCACCCUCUCCCUCCCCACCUAUAGGCCCAUCCAAAGAGGAGGUCUUUAGGAAGGUUCUGCAGCAACAGGAAAGACUGAGGGCUUUUGAGGCCCAGCUAGAAUCCCUAGAGAGGGAGUCACAUUCCCGGGACCAUCCCUACCCAUCUCCAUGUCCUUCACCUGUUUCUGACACUCGCUUGCAAGAAGAGGUGGAUGCUCUGGAAGUAGCGCUGCGGAGGAACCAGGCCGAGCUCGCUCACGAGCAGUACUGGGAAGAGGAGCUUGAGGCAGAGGUGGAGAGGGAGCGAGGAAUGAGAAGGAAGCUCGGGGAGCUUCACGCACAGCUUGAUGACUGUGGGCGGCGGCUUCACGAGUUCUCUGUCCGCUCUGCUCAGCUGGAGCAAGAAAUCCAGAGGGAGAGCCAGGCUGAAGGGAAACCUAGCAGACCAGAGGAGUCCCUCGAUGUGAUGAAGGUAGAGCUUCAGAGCCAGGAACGUCAUGGGACAGAGCUGGAGGAGCAUCUAUCUGAGACUGACAAGGCCCUGGGGAAGGCAGAGUCUCUGCUGCAGGCCAAACAGGAGGAGCUGGAGGAGCUGAAUAAGGAACUGAGGCAGUGUAACCUGCAGCAGUUUAUUCAGCAGACAGGUGUCCUGCCGGCACACACACACUCACGCACAGAGCUCCAGGAGCAACUGGAGCAGCUAGAGCUGGCACAUCUUCUACAGGAAGGAUACAGUAAUGGAGGUCACAGUCUACAAAUGGAGUCUCCGCCACGCCCCACUGCCAAACAGUUCCUGGGACAUCCACGCAACCUGCAAAACCCUCUAGUGUCCAGUCUCAACCCUGAGGUCCUGACUUCCCGCGACUCAUCAUGGAGAUAAAACAUGGACCACAGGGCCAAGGGGAAAACUUGUUCACUGUUCUGUCACCGUCAACUUUUAUUUAACCCCUUUCUUUGUAACUCAUUAUUUAAUCCACCAAGAUAUACAUACUGUAUAUACAUAAAACAAAUAUAUUUACUGAGUUUUGCUACUGUAAACACUGCAAUAUCUGUAUGAAAUGUAAAAUAAUUUAGAACAUUUUACCUAGAGGAAUUAUUACAAUGUAUUUAAAGAUAAUAAAAUUGUGUAUUGUGUUUUAGAUGA